CAAUCAUAACCCUUCAACUUUGAACUGGAAGUAAUUAUUUACGCUUGCGUAUCAACGCUUAAAUUUUACAUUCCACAAGUUGAAAAUACUGAAGGUUUAAAUGAAAUCAUUGUUAUGUUCGAGUUGGAAGUGGAUUUAAAUUCAAUGGAAAAGUAAUCACAUUCAGACACCGUGUUGAGUUGUUACUGAUACAUUGUUAACUCUUAAAAAUGGUAAGCAGUUGAAACGUAUGCUGUGCCUGUGCCGUGGUAUGUUAAAGUUAAAAUGUUAAGUUAAAGAAGUUAAAGUCUUUAAACCCCCAUAUCGCCUUCACUUUCUUUCACGAAAAUGAACUUAAAAAACGUGCUUUUAUUUUUUUUAAAGUUUUUGUUGGUCUAGUGCUAGCCUAAUUUAAAAGAAUAAAGAUUUAAUUUUAAAAGCUCUGGGUUAUAACUAAGUAAUUUGGCUAUUACUAUAUUUACUAUAUUAUUUUAGCCAUGUUUUUUGCUAUUAAUAAGUAUUAAUUAUCAUUAAAUUAUAAUUAAAUUAAUUAAUAAUUACUAAUUACUAAUAGAUGAUAUUAUUAUUAUUAUUAUUAUUAUUAUAUAUUUAUUUUUGAGGUAAAAAAACAAAAAAAUCUACUAGGUCUGAGUUAUAGUUAUAAUAUAAUUAUUUUUAUAUUAAAUUACACCAAAAAAUACUGAAUUUAUUAAUUAUAGUUAUGUUGGCCUAUCAGUCAAUGUCAAUGUGUGCUAAGAAUAUUCAUUAUUGUAGGCCUACUUUACAGCCUACACACAAUUUUUUAAGGUAAUUUACCCUCUGAUUCCCAACUAAAAACUUUUCAAGUUCAUUUAAAAUGUUUGAUUUAUUUUGUAAAAUUGUUAACUUGAAACUACUUAGCAUUAUUCAGAUGUUAAGGGAUUCAAAAAUUACGAAUCAAUUCUAAUUCAUAAUUGACAGUGAUAAUAUUAAUAGCCAUUUCUGGCAUCUUGAUAAAAAAUAAUUAACUUUUAAUAUGGCGACAUUUUCGUCCCCACCCCAAGCAGCUUGAGAAGCACGUAACUUUUUUUGGAAUUGUUAAAAUUUAAUAAUAUAAGAAUGUUUAAACUUUUAAUUUGAAUGUAGUUUUACUUUAUCUAGGUCCCAUUUGACUUUUUUCACUAACAAAAGAGUAUAUUAAUAUUAUUACAUAAUAUGCUUACCUAAUCCUAAUGAUAAUCCUCUCCGUGACUCAGAAAAUAAAUCGUUGCGUAAAUUUCCUAGAAUCACCGGCACACAAAAACUGAUAUGUCACUGAUGAGGAAAGCAAUAAUUUAAUAAACAAAGGUGACGUAGUAUGCAAUUUCCAAAGAUACUGUGUACCUGUACGCCAUAUUGUGGAACAAGUUUUUUCGACAUUUUAGGACAUGCGCAGAACAAUGCGCCAAGAGGUUACAAAGUACCUAAUGUAUACAGUAUAGCCUACUACUACUCAGGCUACUGCCACUGCACUGGUGGAACUGAAGCCUAUAUGACCCAGGGCCGGCGCUAAACAUUUUAGGUUGGGUGAAAAUAGGCAAUUGUCACCCUCUGGAAAAUUAUGGGAAGAGUUCAGAAAAUUGUUUUGGGGGAUUUUAACAAAUUUUGCCGCUUUCAGUGGUUUUGGGGCCCGAGGUGCCUGUGUGAUUAUCACGCAUUCUACCCGCCCUGAUAUGACCUCACACCUCUUGGGGAGAUGGGUCACAUUUUUAUGAUGAUGCAUAGGGAGGGGGUGUUAAGCAAUGUGAUGUCACAUUAAAAGUGGAACAUUAUUGAGAAACAUUGCACUUAAUUACAAUAAAUUAGAAUUAUUUUUAACAUUAAUAUUUUAUUUUUAAACUAUGAUCACUGAGAGAAUCAGUACAGGUAAGCGAUGACUGAAAAAUGGCCUCUGAUCAUCAAGUUACUGAACGCCACGGAGGAGAAGAAUCAGUUUUAGUGACAUUGACAGUUGCGAGAAAUUAUGUCAAAAUGUGGAGAUGGGAACCAUAGAAAUAAGGCUACCUCAUGGGAUUGAACUAAAAAAUGGUUGGGAUGAUUAUUGAUCCCCAUAAAAUAUUUUAUAAAAAUAAUUAAAUAAUUUAGUUAUUGUAGUUUUAUUUCGCUAAUUAACUUUUUAGAAACGAGAAAAAAAUACAAAUACAAGUAAUGCGCAAAAAACAUUCACCAGCUGCUAAAAAAAAUCCAUAGACUGAUUUUUUUAAAGGCAUUGAAAACUAGCAAUUGCAGCUAAUACAAUUUUCUGGGUCUUCUGCACCUCAGGGGGGGGGGUGUUAAAAUCUGCAACAAUUGCGACACUAGUUAGUAGUAUAGUAACACCUCGCUAUAAUGCAGUAAAUGGGGUCCAAGAUAUACAAUUAGAUUGCGUUUAUAAUGGGGCACUUUAAUUCUUGGUUUAUCAAUAUUCCAGAAAUAGUGUUGGUAUUUUUAUUAAGUAGGAUUAUAGGUAACUUUGUUUAAAAAAAGGAUUUAUGGUUAGUGAGGUAGUUUUAAUGGAUUUUUGACACAUGUGAUUGCUUCGUUUGAGAAAAUUAAUUUUUGUUACUCUUUUACCUAGUUCAAAAAAAAUAUAUAUAUAUAACUAAAUAAACUAAAUUUUUGGAGCUAUUUCGUGACCGCAUUAGAUCCAAAUUAGCUUAUUAGUGGGGCAUGUUUCAGCAAGGGUCUAUUGUUCUAUCAGUAUACUACCUUUGAUUAAUUCUUAAAAGGGCAUGUUUUAUUUUUUAGUUUUGUUAAUAAGUCUAAUUAGUUUUUAAAUAAUUGUAAAUUUAAUAUUUUUUCAGAUGCUCUCAAGAACUAAACCUGCCAUUGGUCCAGGGGCAGGUACACCAGGAAAAGAUGCAAAGAAAAAAAAGAAAAUGCCAACGGUUGAGGAGUUUCUAGACAUGAGAGAUUACACUGGAGCUAUUACACUUCUUGAAGUAAAAAGUGAAUUUUUUUUUAAAAUUUGAAGUUAUAUACUAUUUAAUUCCAUUUUUAUUAAUAAGUAUAACUUCAAUAAAGUAACUUCAAAGUAUAACUUCAAUAAAGUAACUUCAAAGUAUAACUUCAAUAAAUAAACUAGAUAGGCAAAUAUUAAUCCUAAAAUAUUAAUCUCUUUCACCAAAAAAAAAAGAUAAUAUUUAUUUUUUUUUUGUUGUGUUUUUAAGUUUAGUAGAAAUUCUGGAAAAGGCAAUGAAGAGACAGAUAUGUGGAUUGCUUACUGUGCAUUUCAUUUGGGAGAUUAUAAGCGUGCUAUGGAGGUAUGAUUGUUUAGUUAUAAAUUAAUUUUUAAUUAGUGUAUUUUCAAUAGAAAAUAGGGUACCACGGAGUUACAUGUGAGUAAUGUUAUGGACAUAUAAUUUUUAUGUAUAUCGGAAAGUGGUACUAGAUAUGUUUUGGUUAUAUACUCAGUUUUUAUUUUUUUUUUAAAGAAUAGCUAAAUAGUUGUCAUUUCAAUUAAGCUUUUCUUUGUUUUAGAUUGAACACUGAGCUAGAAGAUGUCUUAAGGUAUAUCUCUUCAUUUUAUUGCUGAUUGUUUCAGGAAUAUGAAAGACUCACAAAGAGACAGGGUGUGAGUCCAGAUGUAUGGUUGUACCUUGCUUGCUGUCAGUUCUUCCUUGGAAUGUACCCACAAGCAGAUGAAAAUUGUGUCAAGUGUAAGCAUUUAAAUUUUAACAUGCAAUAAGACAGAGAAAAUAUGGUGUGAAAUUUAAAUCAUUAUAUAAUUUAACUACAGUUGAACCCACUUAUCUCGACCUUGGUUUACUCGCCGAAUCUGUUAUGUUGACAUUUUUGAAGUGGAGCUGCCAAAUUCUCUCUUUAUCUUAGCAUUUUCUCCUCCGUUAUGUCGAUUCUUUUAUCGUCGCUGAACCCUGAUAUCUCGAGAAAAAAAGGCAUCCAAAUUUGCCACUUAACCUCAGUUAUCUCGCUCCCCAUGACCAAUCGCAGGCUUUUGAAAAUUAUAUACAACAGAAAUCUGCCUACUUCAAACUGUAGUAAUUGAAAUGAAAUGACAAUAUCAUUGUCCGCUUAAUUUACUUGACACAGCAAGAAGCGAGGAGCAAGAGGCUUGCAAACAAAAGAGAGAGGUCUUAGUACCUGUUCUAUUUAUAGCGAACCACUUGUUGCAUAAUAGGCUUUUAUGCGUUCUUACAGGUUGAUUUUUUUAAAAACCUAGAUUCCGUAUUUGAAUAAACUGAACUCGCGAAUCCGGAGCUGAAAAAUGUUAAGCCUCACGAAACCGUAAUUCUGGGAUAAUCCGGAAAAGUAGUACCCCACAUAUACCUUGUGUUGUUAGCAAACAUGUUUGAGUAUUUACAUUUUUUUAGCAUGCCGAUCACUUCAUCAAACUAAUCGCGGUAACGCUGUUGUGUAAAAAAAUAACUCCAAAAACAUGUGCAUGUACAUUCUCAUUUAUAAAGGCACAUCGUCUACAUAAAGAAAUUUCAAGCACAUGUUAAUAUAUUGCAGCCAUAUUGGCUUUCGGUUAUCUCGAUCAUCAGUUAUCUCAACGCUUUUUGGCAAACAACGAGGCCGUUGACAUAACUGGGUUCGACUGUACUUAUUGAAAACUUUUUAAAAAAAAUAUUUCCAGGUCCUAAAAGUCGACUGCAAAACAGACUUCAGUUUCAUUUAUCCCACAAGUUUGGGGAUGAACGACGUUUAAUGAGCUUUCAUCAGAACCUGCAAGACAUCAUUGAAGAUCAAUUAUCCCUGGCAUCAAUACAUUACUUGCGGAGUCACUACCAAGAGGCUAUCGAUAUUUACAAGAGAAUUCUAUUAGAUAACAGGUCUGUUAAUGAAAGAAAUAACUUCCACUAUAAAAUGACAAAUAAUAAAAUAGUUAUUUUUUUUUUUUAUCUGUCACUAGGAUAUUAUGUUGUAGACUUUGCAGGAUGAAAUUACAAAGCCAGGAAUUUUUCUUUAGGAGGAUAAGCUGGGUCCCCGGAGAGCAAAUUUCAUGUAUAUCAAGGAUUAUUAUAUAUCACUUUGAAUUCAAAUUCAGUUUCAGGACUUCUUCUAGCGUUUAAAUCAUUUUGGAAAAUUAUUGAAAGGUAGGGCAAAAGCAAAACCUAAAAUGACUUGAGAGGACACCCUGCUUUAUUCCACCCCCUCCCCAAGUUAAAAUGCCAUCAAUGUUACUAUUGAUGAAGAAGACACAUCUGAAAAGAUCUAGCUAGCUUUUCAAGCCACUCCUUCAUAAUGGGAAAUCAGUUUAGUAAAUCUUUUUAAAAAUAUCUGUAACAAUUCCAACAUAAUGGUUUCCUAUUCUCAUUAUUAUAUUUUGUUUUAGUGACAGCUUAAACUACCUUUUUUUUUUUUAAAGAUUGAGUCUUCAAGCUAUUGAAUAGCCUGCCCUUUUUUAAAAUUUCUGCUACUAGUGUGGGAUCCAGAUAUAGACUACAAUUCUUGAUUCAUUCAUAUUCUCUUGUUACUUUCUGCCACAGUCUCUCUGCAUUCAUUAUCAAACCAGCCUACUCUACUGUUACUUUGCCCGAAUCCUACUACUUUCUCUGCUGAUCAAUUUAUAGCAUUUUCAUCCUAUCCCACUGUUCAUUUAUGUUGUUUUCCCUGUUUUUAUCCUCCUGUGCCGCUUCUUGCAGUGCUUCUACUUCUUAUUGGUAAGCUUUUGCGGUUGGUGGGUCUUUGGUAAGGUUUUGGUAAUAAUAUCGUUUUUCUUUUUGAUUUUGGCCACUGUGAAUUAUGAUUAUUCUCUGCUUAUAUUUUAAACCUUACAAGUAGAUGUUCAGAGUCUCCUCAAUAGCUUCUUACUUCUUGUAUAUUUGAUCCAUACCUCCAAUUGAUUGUUCAGUUUGGUUUUUGAGUAAUUCCAUCUGGUGAGUUCCAAGUAACUUAACGUAUAUUUUAUUGUGGAAACCUGGUGCUGCCAACUGUCAACCCUUUUCAUUGAGUCGGAUUCCAUUGUAAUUGUAUUCUUCAUGCAGACUCUCCUUGCCAAUAGUAACAGUUGGCCUAAACACUUUUUCUUUCCCUAUUUUGGCAUUAAAGUCCCCAAUCACUAUUUGAAUAUCAUGUUGUCAUGCUUCAUCAUCAAUCUUUUCCUGUGUUCAUAAUAGGAUUCUUUUAUCUGACCCUCUGUAUCUUCAGUGGGAGCAUGAACAUUUAUAAAUGCUAUAUUAAACAUGUUUCCUCAUACACGCAAAGAGCACAAUCGUUCAUUCUCUGGUUAAAAAACUGCACUGACGGCUUCUUUCUUCACAGCAAAUCCUGUUCCAAGAGUGUUAGUGUUGUUGCCAAUAUAAAUUAUGGUGUAGUUUUUUGUCUUGAGGAUGUCUGCAGUUUUUUCAUUGAAUUUCUUGUAAUGCAGCAAUAGAGAUCGAUUAGGAUGGCUAAGGCUCCUACUCUAAACUUGCUAAGUACGUUCAAAGUCGAAAGCUAAAAAUCAUGUCCUAUUCGAGGCAUGGGUCAAUUUCCAUUAGAAUCAGUCCAGGGUUUUAUUUUGUUGUUUGGCUUUCAUAAAGUUUAUUAUUUUAAAUUGGCCGGGUUGUUAGCCCUGUGCACAACCAUCUGGGGGGCUGUACUUACAGCUCUCUAGGUAGCUGCCUUAAUUUUUUUUGUAAAGGCUCCCAAGCCUUUGUGGAUCCCUCCACCUCCUAAAAGUAAAAGGCAGUAGGUUCUGAUUUUGGUCCACCUCUGGUAUUUUAUUUACCCAGUAGCCACAUCUGGUGGGCUUUCCCCUAUCCGCCACCUGGGGAGACGCUCAAUGGAAGAUCAAUAUUUUGGCACAAUUUUAAAUUUUAACAACCUUCUAAAUUUGAAAUAAUCAUUGUCCAGAGACCAUCUAAGCCUGCUAAUUUCUCACAUGAUCUAAGGGCACAUGCCUCAAUGGUUGCUGGAUCAGACACAGGAUACUGAUGGUGUUUAAAAAAAUAAUUCUUCAUAAAGAUUCUAAAUUUCAUUCUGUGUUUAAAAAAAAAAAAAUCACAAUAAUUAAAAUAUACUGCUUUAAUGAAAAAUUCUAAUAGUAACAUAAACUCAUAUUUCAGAGACUAUUUAGCCCUGAACGUCUAUGUGGCUCUUUGUUACUACAAGCUGGAUUAUUAUGAUGUCUCACAGGUCUGUGAUUUUUCAUAAGGAUUAGUUGAUAUCAGAGGAUGUCAUGUUUGACUUUAUUGGCCGGGAUAAAGCAAAAGGAUCAUCACUUAAUCUUAAAAAAAAUAAUGCAGUUUUGUUGAUAUUAAUGUAUAAAUGUAUAAUUUUUAAUCCCUUACAAUUUUUUAAUUUUGUCAUCUAAAAAAGUUUUAACCUCUUUAUGGAGUCUUAAAAAUAGUAUUAUUAAAAUAAACUUUUUUUCAAAAUGUUUUAUGAAAUUUUUUAAUGGUUUUAAAAUUAUUAGAUUCUUAACUUCUAUUUCUACAAUUUUAAACCUGCUCAUUUUAUUAUAAAUUCAUAUUCUAUAGAAUGUUUUUCUUCAACAUUUUAUAAUAUUAUAAUUGCUUUAAUUAAUGGUGUUUAAUUAUAUAUUCCCAGGAAGUUUUGGCUGUCUACCUACAACAAUAUCAAGACAGCGCUGUGGCCCUCAAUUUGAAAGCUUGCAAUCACUUUAGGUUGUAUAAUGGAAAAGCUGCUGAGGUAUCUUUAAAAAAAAAGUGAAGAGUGUCUGAAAAUUCACUUUCCACUUCUUAGAAUCCUUAUUCUUACAGGCUUUUAACAAAGAGACUGGGAUAUAUAAUUGUUCAGUAUCUCUAAAAAUAUAAAUCUCACAAGUGUCUUGUUUGAUGGCAUGCAUCUGAAAUGUAACAGUUGGGACUGAGCUACAAACCAUUCUUUUCUUUUCCUUUGAGAAGGAAGGCGGUUGGGUCAGCCAGGUCAUUUUUGUCCGGGCCUCAUUAGUGGCCUGAAAAUGGUUAAGGGUUGUAUAACUAUUCAAAUAUUAGCUGCAGACACACAAAAAUUCCCUUGAAGCUGGAAUAAAUGAAAUAAAUAGUUGAGUGUUAUAAUUUUACAAUUUCUGUAACAAAAGUUCAGCUUUGUAAAAAUCUAUAAGUUAGUAUAAGGGUCCUCAAAAAGCCUUGUGGUUCACGGCUCUAACAAUCACUACAAGGCACUAUGUACAAUAACAUUAAAGAACUUUAAAGUCUUGCAAUCAGUUUAUUGCAUUUUUAUACUUUUUACAACUAGAAACAUCUUUCCCUCUCUUUCCUGUAUUUUUUCUGGUGUUUUACAAGUAGUUAAUACAUAAAGUAUUGGCUUAUGUGACAAUUUUUAAAUUUAUUAAUGUGCAAAUAUAUAUUUUUUUUUCCUUAAGGCUGAAUUGAAAGCCCUCCAGGAAAUGGCUUCCCCUUCAUUUCAGUUUGCCCAAGAUCUCAUUAAACACAAUCAGGUUUGAAAAUGAUUUGAUUUAAUUAUUAAUAAAUUCAACUGAACUUAUUUCCAAAUUUAUGCAAAAUUAUCAUUUUAAUUAUGUGUUUUUGUUUCCUUUUAUAGCCAUGAAUCUAACCCUGUGUCAUGUAGUAUUGCUUGCAAUUUUAGUUUUUCUAUCAAAAUCCAUCACAGGAUAAUGCAUUAAUUAAUAACAAUUAUAAUUAUGAUAGUUAUAUUUUGCUGAAACAGGAGGCCUAAAUAUUUUCAAUUUCAGUAUAAUUAUUCAAAUAAACAUUCCAAGUAUGCUCAUCCUUUCCAUAGGUCGUCUUUAGAAGUGGGGACGGUGCACUGCAAGUGUUGCCACCUCUUAUUGAUGUAAUACCAGAAGCAAGGCUUAAUUUAGUUAUCUAUUAUCUAAAGCAAGGUAAGUAGUUAUUUUAUAAUUUUUAUUUAAAAUUUAUAUUCCUUUUUUAUUUUUGGUUCCUAUUAAAAAUCUUUAAAUUUUACGAAAAUUAAUGUUAUUUAAAUAUACAAAAAAAAAAAAAAAUGCAUUGAAGAGUUUUUAUGAUGUUUUUUACUUCCUCCUAUUCUGGUGACACAAUGUCAAUGCUCCUAUCCUCUUUAACACCUUCAAUCCCCUGUUUAAGGACCAACCAGAAUUCAGAUAAAAAUCUAAGCACAGCUCUUUUAAGUUCAGAAACACUUGUAGGGAAGCCACUAACAAUGUGUGCUAUAAAAUACUUGCUUAUAUGUGUGUGAAAUCUAAACAUACACAAUUACUUUUUUUAGAAAAUUUUUUUAAAAAAAAAAAGUGGUAAAAAAAAAACCCCCCCCCCCCCCCCCAUCAAAAACAUGGGAAACUAAUUCAACCUAGAAUUAUCAUGCACAAAGUGACUAGAAAUCAUAUGGAGUCAUUUAAGAAGGUGUAUAUAUUAAGUUAGCACAAAGUCCAACGUUUUCUGUACACCAUCUGUACAGAAAUUGUAUUGCAUAAGGACAUGCUAAAUAAACGGUAACUGUAAAUCUGUUUCAGAUGAUGUACCAGAGGCUUAUAACCUGAUCAAAGACCUGGAACCUACAACACCACAAGAAUAUAUUCUUAAAGGAGUUGUCAAUGCUGCUCUGGGACAAGAACAAGGAUCAGUGAGAUUCACCAAAACCUAUUAAAUUCUAAAUCCUUUGUUUUAGAUAAAAUAAUAAAUGCGGAUAAUUCCAAUACAAAAAAUAAAUCUUUAAAAAAUAUUUUUUUAAAAUAUAUUUAUAAGAAAUAAAAAUUGGUAGAAAGAAGAAUAUUAAUGGAUUUUUGUGCAAUAGAAGUUGAAUUAUUUACAUAUCUACUCAGAGAGAGCAUAUGAAGAUAGCCCAGCAAUACUUCCAGCUGGUGGGAGGCUCAGCCAGUGAGUGUGGUAAGUAAAUCAUAUUUUGUUUCAUAUCUUUCACAGCUUUAUUUAAUAAAAGUUAAGUAACAUACCUAACUUAAAAUGUCUGUUUUCUUUUUGCAGAUACUAUCCCUGGUCGCCAGUGUAUGGCAUCAUGUUUCUUCCUUCUGAAGCAGUUUGAAGAUGUCCUUAUUUAUCUUAACUCCAUCAAGGUGUGGUACACUUCUUGUGGUGCUUAUUUAGCUCACUAAAUAACCAGUAAACAUCACAUCAGCUUUUAGCCACUAAAGGGAUAUGCAAUAAUAAAUAAUAUAGUGUUUAAAGCAUUAGACACCGUUCUAGCUAAGGUCAUGUUAUUGUUCAAUGUAUUAUGGAGUUUUCCAAUUCGAAAAGUAGCUCUUAAUGCCUUGUCUUAUAUAGGCAUCAUAAGUGGGGGGAAGGGGGGGGUUGUGUCAAUCUAGGGUAAGGUAUGGGAGACCGAAUUAGCUAUCUGUGGAUUAAAAAAUUUUAAUGCACAGACCAACAAAGCGGGAUCGCAGGUUCAAAGGGUUAAUGUGAAAUUUAAUCAGUUUAAUAGAGUGGCAUGUCAUAAAUUGAUAUUUCUUUUGUUGUUUUUUUUUUUGCAUUAAAUUUCUAGUGCUGUAAUACAAAAAUAUGUCAUUCUUUUUAUAGAGCUACUUUUACAAUGAUGACAAUUUUAAUUUCAACUAUGCUCAAGCCAAAGCAGCUGUUGGCAACUUUAAAGAAGCAGAGGAGGUCAGUUGUGUAACACUUUAUUUUAACUUAAUAGUAUUUUUGGUCUCUGUAAGGCUGUCUCUUUCAAUGAAAGGCUUUAACUUAAUAGUAUUUUUGUUCUCUGUUAGUGUUAGGCUGUCUCUUUCAAUGAAAGGCUUAUUGAUCAAUGGUGGGACUGUUUUAUAAAAAAGAAAAGUCUUACAAAACUUUUUUCUCCAGAUUUUCUUGCUGAUUCAGAGUGAAAAAACAAAAAAUGAUUAUACAUAUCUCAGCUGGCUUGCACGAACCUGUAAGUUUUCACAUCUUAAUAUAAUUUUACUCACUUUCCUUAAAGAUAACAGCCAGUGAGGUCUUAAUAUAUUAUUUAUUAUAAACAAAUAAAUGUAACUCUAAUUUGAAAAGUAGUGGCCUCCCAAAUAUUUCAUUUUAAAUAAUUAAUUAUAUAUUUAUAUUUUUAGACAUCAUGAAUAGAAACGCUCGUCUGGCAUGGGAGUUGUACUUAAAGAUGGAGACAUCAGGAGAAUCCUUCAGCUUGUUACAGCUUAUUGCAAAUGAUUGUUACAAGGUAUUUCUUUUAUCCUAAAAAUGAUCACCAAUUUAAAGGGUAUGCAUGUAGCAUUGAAAGUAGAAAACAAUUGAGUUUCUUCAGAGGACAUGGCAUUAUAAGCUUUUGCAAAACUGAAGUGGGCUGUAAAUUGUUUUGUUUCAAUUAUUAACUCAUUCCCGACGUUUGCGACUAAAUGCGUCUUUUACGGGUUUCGCCGGAUGCGUCCAAAUGCGUCCCGGCGCAUAGCGACACACCUCUCUCAUAUCUAUUUAAAAAUAGCAAUGAAAUCUCGCAUCCCUCGAGACUUCCGGUGAUGGCGUGGUUCAGCGUGAUUUUAAUUUAAAAACCGGAAGUUUUCAUCUUGUUUCACUUUAAAACUACAUGUGCUUUAGUACGGCGCGUCUACAUGUAGCAUGUGUUCGUCCGAGGUGCCGAAAAUCAAUUUUUUGGUCAUUGUUCGUUAUUUUUUCCCCGCUGUUAUAUUUAUAUUAAACCUCAUUCAUUUUUUGUUGCAUUUGUUCUUAAUUCAUUAACAUUAAAUAAUAUUUAGUAGCUUAAAUAUAUAUUUAAAAAAUGUAAACAAUUUCAAAACCGGGUUGCUUCCCUUUCUCAGGCAAAUAAAUUAAAUACUGAAGUAGCAUUGCAGGAGGGAAUGAGUUAAUACAACUCUUCCAUUGGUGCUCCUUACACAGAUUACUUCUAAACUGUUUAGAGUUUAUACAAAGAAAUAAUUUAUUAUUUUGUUGCUUACAUUCCCCAGAUGGGCCAGUUUUAUUAUGCAGCAAAGGCUUUUGAUGUGCUGGAGAGACUUGAUCCAAAUCCUGAAUACUGGGAGGGCAAGAGGGGUGCCUGUGUGGGUGUAUUUCAGUUGAUCAUUGCUGGCAGUGAGCAAAGGUACAUGUUUUAUGAUAUGCUGGCAUUGACUUUGGUAUGGUCAAUCUUUUUUUCUGAAAUACUCAUUUAAUCUAUCAAAAUUAGGUGGACACAUGCUUUACCUAUUAUGUAAUUUUAGUUAAGUAUAUUGUGACAUUUUGAAUCAAAAGCAGCUAAAGAUAUGGGAGCUUAUCAACCAAUACCUUCCAUCAUUUACCACAAUUUGGUGAGGAUGUUCGGCGGUAACCAUAUUCCUUCCAAAUUGUAGGUAAAUUACUCACUUUAGAUGUAUAUUACAUACAACCAAUAAAAACUUGAACUGGAAUGAUUCACAUCAGAUCAUGGUGCGUUGAGAAUUCAGCAGGCAUGAUACAGCUUUUCACCAGUGUAGCAGCUUUUAUAAAUUAUUUGACAAAUUACCAUAAAGAGUUUCAUUUCAUUUUGAGGGGUUCAAUUUAGAUUAAAGUAUGUCAGUUGUGUCUAAUAGGAGCUCCUUGCAUAUUUUGGUGAAACUAAGACCCCAUUUAGAGGCAUAGAAGAUGGCAGACACAUCCUAUUAAGUGAUAAAACAAAUUAUGAGAGUUUGACUCCCCACUUAUUCAGAGAUAAAAUGUAUAUGCUUAAAAAUUAUUUCUGCUAAAAAGUUAAGAAUUAAGAACUGGCUUAUAAUUGCGAGCAUUUAUAUAAAUUUGCAGGGAAAAACUUCUUGAAAUAAUCCAAAUUCUACUGAAUAGUCGAUACCCUCAGGUAGAAGAGAUGAUAUGUGCUUUCAGAAAAUGGGGGUGUGAAAAUACGCUGAUGAUGUGAUAUUAAGUGUGAGAUAUAUUGACGUUUCAAUUUUGUUCUCAUUAUUUGUUUAACUAUUAUAUGUGAAUUCCAUAAAUGUUUUUGCAACUCUUGAUAGACAAUGAAUAUGGCAUAUAUAAAUGUGCCCUCAUAAAGAAGUCAUUAAAUAAUAUCCGAAUUUCUUAUCAAGUUUUAUUAUUAUUAUUUAUUUUUUCGCAUUUCAUUGUAUUUCAAUUUAUUCUUAUAUUUUUCUAAAACUGGCACAUAAUUUACUAGAGUUUUAAUUUAAGUUUAUAUUCGUAUAUAUUAAGUUAUAUACUGGAUUAUUUGAUAACUUCUCAUCUUAGAAAUAUUUUUAGUUUUUUUUACUAGAAAUUCAGCUAACUUAAUUGUUUCAAUCAGGAAUAAAAAUGAAACUCCAAACUGCCAUAUUGAUCAAUUGUUCAUUUGCCCAGCAUGAGUUGUGUGCCCUGCUGUUUACCUUUUCAACACUUCUUCUAAUGCACACCCUAUAACACAUAUUCCAAUGAGUGAAUAGCAUCCCCUUAAACUUAAAAAGUCAAACUGGUCAUGAGGAAAAAAGCAAUGUUGUACUCUCCAUGUCAUUUAUGUAGUACUUUAACUAAAGUAUUUCAUGGAAUACAACAUUGAAAAUUCCUUAAUUAAUUGUCUAUUUGAUUUAUGUUUGUAAUAUUUCCAUUUGAAAAAAUAUAUAUGUAUGCUGUAGACCCAUUAAUUUGCAACAUAUUUUUAGUUUCUUAUUUUUUCAGUCAACUUUGCAUUGCUGAAUUAUUAUAAAUAAUUCUUCUCACAGAGAAACCCUAAGAGAUAUCAUCAACAUGCUGAGAAAUACCAGUAAUCCACAGGUGGAGUACAUCAUACGCACAAUGAAGAAAUGGGCAAAAGAUAACAUGGUAUCCGUGCCAUAAUAAGCUUGAUCUGAGACAGUUGCAACUGUGAUUAUUUUGACCUUUUUUAAGUUAUGAAAUAAAUUGUUUACUAUUGCAAUAUAAAUGCUUGGAGAGAAAAAAACACCCCACUUCAUGAAAUGACCUUAAAGUUAUGACUUGCGUAUUUUAAGUUUUAAUUAAAUGUGGUCUAUCAACUAGCUGAGUUAUUAGUAACUCUUAAAUGCAAUGAAAUUUUAGCUUGAAAAAAUACUAUUUAAGAUAAAUUUAUCUUAAAUCGACAACUUAAAUUUUUUUACCCCAUUAUGAAAGGGUAAUUUGAAGGCAAUUUAAUCUUUAUUCUUGGCACUUUUUUACCAUGCAAGUUACAAAAUAGAACACAAUUGAUAGCAGCUUAGUUUUAUGCCCUUAAAUUUUGAUUGUGAAAAUUACCAGAUUUCUUAUGUAAUUACCACAUUGCUGGGAACCUAUUUGCAAUAAUUGUGUCCAGCCUUUGGUCAUGUAAUUACUGUUUUUGAUAACAGAAUAUCUAUUGUCAUCAGUAGAAAAUUGCUUUUAAAUAAGAUAAAGAACUUUUUGAAUUGGUUCCUUCAAUUAUUUUAAUGAGCCCAUUAGACUCACAAAAAACUGUGCCUGUCUUUAGUAACAUAAUUUAUUAUUACAUGUUGUCAGAAUUUUAAGGAAAUUCAUAGGACCAAUCAAUACACCACCUCACAAAGUUUGCAGCUUUCAUUCAGAAUUUUUCACCUGAUUCUGAUGUGGCGGUUAUUUUUUUUUUUGGUAAAAAAUUGUCUCACGUGAAUGAAAGGGACUUUCUCAUUUAUAAUUUUUUAUAGCUGUCAUUUAUUCCUUACCGGUAUCUUAAAACUAUUUUUUUGGUUGUUUGAUAUGUUUAUCUGGCAAAGUUGAGUGUUUGUAGCAAAGAGAAAUAUAACAACAGAUCUGUCAAAAGUUUAGUAUUUAAAGAGAAAUAUAACAAAAGAUCAGUUGAAUUGAUGUUUUCUAUUUUAUAGGUUGAUUAGUUUUUAAAAUUUCAACCCAAAAUGUUUCAGUCGUGGGGCUGUGGUUUUUGUAAUGGUAACAUAUGAGCUCUUGAAUUCAGUUUCAGAGCCUAUUAUCUUGUAAUGGUAACCAUGUGAGCUCUUCAAUUCAGAGCCUAGUAUAAAUACAAAAUUAUGAAAUCUAAGCUAUUAACUUAAAGGUGAUAUGUUGCCUCUCAUUUUAAUGGGGGUUUUUUGGGUUAAUUUGAGCUAAUCCUGAAGACUUCAUCCAGGGACUGAGAUUAUUUACAGGCUUAACUUUUCUAAAUGUAUUAAUUAAUGAGUAAUAACAAUUAAAUUCAUUUAAUGGGGGCAUUCCUUUCUCAAAAUUUGAUGGAAUUUGUUUUUUGUCUUUUUCCAUAUUGAAGAAAAUGGUUUCAUCAAAAAAUAUUUAAAUAUAAUGUCAAAUUUCCAUGAGAAGUUGUUACAUACUGAAGUUGUUACCUACUGUGUCACUUCUGUUUACUUUGAAUUAUAGAUUUAAUGAAAUGGUCAUAUUGUCUCAAAUUUUUUCUUUAUAUUAGAGGCAAAAUUCAUACAAUUUUAUAUCACAUUACACAUCUCUUCAGACAGCUGUGCCAAUCUAUCAGCCCAAAGUCGAAUGGCAAAAAAAGACAAAUGGACAAUCCAUCUGCCCAAUAAUAAAAGCCUCUAGAUUGGCUGGCUGGUUUUUGUACCAGUUAAUCAGAUUGCUUCUCGCACUCCUUGCUCAUCUCGCCAUUUUAAUGUUGAGAUUUUCUGUUGGAUUCUUAAAGAUUGUAUUAGUACAUUCAAUUCCCUAUAAGAAUAUAUAUACAUUGGUAAGGUAAUUUUUUUUUUUGCAAAGUGAAGGGUAUGUAAAAAAAAAAAGGCUCUAUCUUGUUGGCAUCGACUGUCCAAAAACAUUCCGUCUCAAGAGGGUUAAUUUAGGGUUUAAGCUGACUUCUUAAAAGAUAGCUCCCUGAGUUCAUUGUGAGAAAAGAUUCUAAUUUACUUCUAGGACAUCUGUUGUUGCUUUUUUUUACAUGCUCUAUUAGCAACUUAAUAUUUACCCUUAAAUACAAAGACUUGUACUAUAACAAUUUUGUAAAUCAAAAAUAUUUUUUUAGAUAUGCACCAAUUUUCAAAAGUGUAAAUAAAUCUCUUUAAAAUAUUAUUUGGUUUUAUAGUGAAUCUGUUUUAAAUAAACUUAAGUAUAAAUCU